AAAGUGCAGCGUAGAAAAAAACAAUUACGCGACACACAUACACUCUCCAGUCUCCACCUCCUUUAAUGAGCCCAACCGCCUCCUCCUCCUCCUCUCUCUCUCUCUCUCUCUCUCUCUUUCUCUCUCGAUAUCUCUACUGUUCUUUUAUUGGUAACAGUAACACUAUACCAGUAGCAGCAGUUGACAGGCGCCGUUCCUAUCUCUCUCUGCAAUUAAAGAUUAGUCCACCACUAUCUUCAUAACCCUGAUACAAGUCUCUUUGUCUCUCUCAUCGAUAUUCAAAUACAAAAAGAAAUCAUGCUGGUUUCUUCGCAUCUACUUCCUCACUGGCUUCAAGUUCUUCUCACUGAGAAGUUCUUUAACGCUUGUAUAAUUCACGAAGAAGCAAAGAAGAAUGAAAAGAACGUAUAUUGCUUAGACUGCUGCAUCAGUAUCUGUCCUCACUGUUUGUCUCCCCACAACUCUCACCGCCUCUUGCAGAUUAGAAGGUAUGUGUAUCACGAUGUUAUAAGGCUGGGCGAUGCUCAGAAGCUGUUCGACUGCGCCUUUGUUCAAUCCUACACCACUAACAGCGCAAAAGUGUUAUUCUUAAACCCGAGGCCGCAAACAAGACAAUUCAGAGGCUCCGGCAACGUCUGCGGCACUUGUGACAGAAGUCUACAAGACCCUUUUCUCUUCUGCUCUCUUUCUUGCAAGGUUGAUUGCAUCAUCAAAAUGAAAGGUGUGGAUGGGCUCUCAAGUUUCCUCUUUGAUUGCAAGUUUUUGUCCUUAUCCGAGUCGGUUUCAGACGACGGUUUGAUGACUUCAGACUCGGUGCUUGAACCGGCCGCUUCAACCCGGACAUCUUCUAGUUCAGAUGGGUAUGGUGGGAUUGGGUGCAGGACGCUUGCUUGCACUGCCACGACUGAGAUUGUGAGAAAGAAGAGAAGCAGUUUAUCGGUUUGCCAGCCAAUGUUCCCACGAUCUGAAAUGUCAGCUGGUUUGAUGAACCGGAGAAAGAAGACUCCGAACCGGGCUCCGCUCUAUUGAAUAGGCGUAAAACAACGUCGGGAGAGAGGAGAGAUUGGAGAGCGAGGGGGAGAUAUGGUUAGUAUUUUAUUGUUUACAGGAAGGUAAUUUGGGGACAAUAGCUGAAACCUCCUUAUUUUUGUCUAGGACUCCCCUCUUGAAUACUCUCAAUUUUAGGCCUCGUUUGGAUUGACUAACUCAAUUUAGAGAACUUAAAAUUCUCAAAAAUUACCAAAUUUUUAAUUA